UCUUCUCUUUCAAACCUAUAAAACCCCCCGCCGUUUCCACCCCUCCCCUCCUCGCCUUCCCCCAUCCGACUCCAGUCUGCAUCAUCGACAUGUCGGCAAUCGUCCCGCAACUGCAGAGAAUAGCGCACGAAGCUGGCGCGUAUGUGCCGGGGUGGUACACCGCGCUGCCGCUGGCUUUGAGAGUGCUCGUCACUGUGGUUGGCAGUAUCGCUACUAUCAUUGGUCUGAAUGUCCUUCAACAGCUCGUCAUCCCGAAGAGAAAAGACUUGCCCCCUGUAGUGUUCCACUACAUUCCCUGGUUUGGUUCUGCUGCGUACUAUGGAGAGGACCCUUACAAGUUUAUGUUUGAGUGCCGUGACAAGUACGGAGAUGUCUUUACUUUUAUCCUGAUGGGCCGUCGAGUUACCGUCGCGCUCGGCCCCAAGGGCAACAACUUGUCAUUGGGCGGCAAGAUCUCGCAGGUCUCUGCCGAGGAUGCUUACACUCAUCUUACUACUCCUGUCUUUGGUAAAGGUGUCGUUUACGACUGUCCUAACGAGAUGUUGAUGCAACAAAAGAAGUUUAUCAAGUCUGGUCUCACCACCGAGUCCCUCCAGUCCUACCCUCCCUUGAUCACCGCAGAGUGCGAAGAAUUCUUCACCAAAGAAGCCAAAAUCACUCCUUCCUCUCCUUCCGCUACCAUGGACCUCCUCAAGGCCAUGUCGGAGCUCAUCAUUCUUACUGCUUCCCGAACCCUCCAGGGUAAGGAAGUUCGAGAGUCUUUGAAUGGUCACUUUGCCAAAUACUAUGAGGAUCUGGACGGUGGUUUCACGCCUUUGAAUUUCAUGUUUCCCAACUUGCCUUUGCCUUCUUACAAGAGGCGAGAUGAUGCCCAGAAGGCUAUGAGCAACUUUUACAUCAAGAUCAUGGAGGACCGAAGGAAGGGCGAGAGUGACCAUGACCAGGAUAUGAUUGCCAACCUCCAGAACUGCAAGUACCGAAACGGCGUCGCCCUCACCGACCGAGACAUCUCCCACAUCAUGAUCGCCCUCCUCAUGGCCGGCCAGCACACUUCUUCCGCUACCUCCACCUGGACCCUUCUCCAUCUCGCUGACCGACCCGACAUUGUUGAGGGUCUCUACAAGGAGCAGAAGGAGAAGCUUACCAACCCUGAUGGAUCUUUCAAGGAGUAUAGGUAUGAGGAUUUGAAGGAGUUGCCUCUUAUGGACGCUAUCAUCCGAGAGACUCUUCGUUUGCACGCUCCUAUCCACUCCAUCUACCGAAAGGUCAUGUCCGACAUCCCCGUCCCUGCCUCCCUCUCUGCUCCCUCUGAGAACAGCACCUACGUCAUCCCCAAGGGCCACUACAUCCUCGCCGCCCCCGGUGUCUCCCAGAUGGACCCCCGCAUCUGGGCCGACUCCACCACCUGGAACCCUGCCCGAUGGCUCGAAACCGGCGGUGUCGCCGCCACCGCCGCCGACGAGUACACCAAGGGCGACCAGGUCGACUAUGGAUUCGGCGCUGUCAGCAAAGGUACCGAGAGUCCGUACCAGCCUUUCGGGGCGGGUAGGCAUAGGUGUGUUGGGGAGCAGUUUGCGUAUACGCAGCUGUCGACCAUCUUUACGUAUGUGAUUAGGAACUUUGAGCUCAAGUUGGCGGUGCCCGAGUUCCCCAAGACCAACUACCGGACUAUGAUCGUACAACCCCAUAACCCCCUUGUCACUUUCACCCUCCGACAGCCCGAGAAGCAAGAAGUUUAGAUUGUUUGCUCUGGAAACGAGUCUGGGUCUAGGGCGAGCAUGGCAUAGAGAUAGAACAUAGGAUCGGUCUUAUCCACGAACAAUUCUUUCUUUCUUCGACUGUUAUAGAAUGAACAAUUCCCAUGUGUUUCGGUUCUCUUCUUGGUUUUCAUAUACCCAUCAAUGCAUAAUUUCAUACAGCGAUACAAACAGGUGCUGAGCAAGGCCGUGUCGAUCUGUUAAACUAAAGUAGAAGGGGGCGUUCUUCCGCACGGCUCGGCGUUAGAAGGGAAGGCUAUAGCCUAGUCCGAGGCGUGCACAGUACAUCCGCCAAGGCUCGUGGUAUGCGCACAUGCGCCACAUGUCAGUCAUCAGCAUUGCUGAGCACCAUCACCUGUAGCGAGGCGCAGACCGGUCGGCAGAUGGAAGACUUGCAAAAAUGACCUCCGUGGCGAUGCGCGAUGCGCGAUGCGCGUCCAACUUGUCACCAACCGGCCAUUUUGAUGCAUGUAUCAAAAUGAUGCUAGGGGUGCCGUAGCCCCCAGCCCCACACGCUCGUGUAUGACGCUGUUGCAGCGAUGGAUGGCCCCAGGAAUGACGAUUGAGGGCGGAAAGCAGAGUGCCACAUUCAGUAUAACUCCGGAUGGUGGUAAUUUUCGCGCGCGUCGGGUCUGGGCUGGGGGUGGGUG